CAGGUAUUUUAUACUAUAAAGCUUCGGCUAAGUUUGGGAGUAUAUAAGGGUAAAUUUUGGCUACACAGCAGUCUUCGUUUUCUGUUAAAUCAUGUUUUGUAAUUUUUUUGAAGUUGGAUUCCAAAGAUCUAAAGUAGUGACUCCUUCUCUUUCUUUAAAUAUUGUAAGAUGUCUUCAUUAUCCCCGUGUUGCUCUUCCUGGCAUAAUUAAAGAUCCCGAACCCGAAUUUGAGAAGCCUGUACCGAAUACUUAUUCAACUAAAUUGUUGAACCUGAAAGGAGGCUAUAGAAAGCUAAAUUAUUGUGCUAAACAAGUUCGAAGAAGUAAAGUUGACGACGCAAUUAUCCAAAUGGACUUUUCUCCUAAAUUAGCUGCAGAUAAUGUUAAACGAAUUCUUUAUAACGUUCGAAGAAAAGCAAGGGACAAGGGGAAUACUAAUGAAUUAUAUAUAAGCAAAUGCUGGGUUGGUAAAGCUCAGUAUACCAAAAGUAUUGAUUAUAAGGCAAGAGGAAGAUGUGGAUAUAAAUUUGGUUACUACAGCCAUUUAUUUGUAGAAAUUCAGGAUCAGCCACUUCCUAUGAAAUCUUUGAAAAGGCGAGCCAGAAAAGCAUUUAAAUUAAAACAAUCUCUUUCCCCUUUACCAAUUUUAUUUAACAUAUAA